AUGACAAAGAACAACCCGGAAAAAAAAUGUUUCCGAGUAUUUUGUACUUAUGAAAAGGAGAGGCUGGCUGAGGAAAUUAAACAGUGUGUGGUGAAAGAGGAAAUGGAAAACAAAAUGAGGAAUGUUGAUUGGAAGAAUAGCAGGAAUCUUUCAUAG